AUGAGCGACUACGAGAGCUACCUGGCCAAUCGCUACUACUACACGCCACUGCAGCGGUACUUCCCGUCCAGCGAGUACACGUACUGCAGCGCCAAUGACUCCGUCUGCGCCACGUGCAACGAGCAAUGGAACGCCAACUUCGCGAGUACAGGAAGCGCCGGCAUGUCUCCGUACUGCACCGGCACGGACGGCUGUGUGUGUAUAGCAGACUGCGAGACCCCAGACUGGAAGGAUUCAGUGGUUGAUGACCAAUGCUUUGCAGACGGCAGUGGAUCUGGAGUGCUAGCGGGUUCGUCUAUGGCUACGCGUAUCACAGUGUCCAUCUUUGUGGGCGUCGCAGUUGCAGUAUUCCUCGCCUUCGCGACGUGGGGAGUGCGUCGAUUUGUUAACCGUAGGCAAUUUGGACUGGAAGGUAAGUCUAAAGGACGCUCUACGUUGAAAGGAGGCGAUAGACUGACUGGGUUGUGA